AUGCCUGUCCUAACUGGGCGGUCAGUCUCCAAACUGGCCGUAGGCAGGAUAACCUGCCAGUCAGCUCGACUGCUGAGCUCUCGGUCCUUGUCAUGCGCUUCACCAGAGCUGGCAUCUCGCUUUCGGCAGGUUUCUCGGCCCCGACUCCAUCCGACUGUGCAGCAGCAACCCAUUCGCCCGUUCCAGUUCGCCUACCUCAACCACUCCAAGUUCAUUCCCCAACGCCCAUUGACGACAUUGGCGACUAGGGCGACAGUAGCUCCAAAGGAUGGUUUGCGCACUCGCCCUUCUCGUCGUCUCAAAUACGCGUUGGCCAUCCUCGUCGUGCUGGCGGUCCUUUACAACACGUAUGCCCCGUUUCGCCACACUACCCUUGCCAUCGUCCGAUGCGCAAGGUUGAUGAGGGCAGUGAUCCUCGACGUUUGGGACUAUAAGCAGACCUUUGCCCAUGAGGAAAGGCUUGGCCUGUCUGGCGAGGCAUUGACCUUGACCGUUGAGCAGCGCGCCCGCCGACGUGAGCUUCGCAAGGCCUGUCAUCUUCGUUCAGCUCAGCGCAUGCUCGAAGCACUCAAGAAGAACUCAGGCGUCUACGUCAAGAUUGGACAGCACGUCGCUGCAGUACAGGUCCUGCCCAAGGAGUGGACGUCUACGAUGACUCCUCUGCAAGACCAAUGUUUCCCGACACCCGUUCAAGACAUUGACGCCAUGCUUCGCGAGGAUCUCGGUCUCGGCAUUGACGACUUGUUCGUCGACUUUGACGCCCACCCCAUUGGUGUUGCAUCCCUUGCACAGGUUCACCGAGCAGUCGACAGGCGGACUGGAUUGCCGGUAGCUGUAAAAGUACAGCACGCCGACUUGCAAGAGUUUGCCAUGAUCGACUUGGCGACCGUAAACGUGGCGAUCAGCUUUGUCAAGCACAUCUUCCCCGACUUUGAGUUUGGCUGGCUCGGCGAGGAGAUGAACGAGAUGCUCCCUCUUGAGAUGAACUUUCGCCACGAGGCAGCCAAUUCUCAGCGCUGUCUGCAAGACUUUGAACCGUUGAAGGGCAAAACCAGUCUCUACCUCCCAGAGGUCAUGUGGGCCGAGCGCCGGUGUCUCGUUAUGGAGUAUAUUGACGGAGGUCGUGUAGACGACCUGGCGUAUCUUAAGAGGCACAAGAUCGACCGCAACCAGGUCAGCCAGGAGCUCUCGCGCAUCUUCUCCCAGAUGGUGUAUAUCAACGGCUUCUUCCAUGCGGACCCACACCACGGCAACCUGUUGGUCCGCCCAAGGGCUGCCAACUCGACUUCACCCUUCAACUUUGACGUCUGCUUGCUGGACCAUGGACAAUACUUUGACAUUCCGGACGACUUGCGCGUCAACUAUGCCCACUUCUGGCUGGCCCUCAUGACACCGGCCUCUGAAAAGACUAUUCGAACGCGCAAGCACUACGCGCGUUUGGUGGGAAACAUUGAUGAGGAAAUGGUGAGUAGCUGGGACAAAGUGAGGCUUGCUGACAAAAAACAGUACCCAUAUCUCGAGAGCGCUAUCACUGGUCGUGUGAGCAUGGAUGACGCCGAAGGUGGCCUUGGAUCCUCCCUCUUGGACACCGGCUCGGCAUCGGACAGCAACACCGACCAGGAACAGCUUGCCAAGCUGAGGGCAGUUGUUUUGGACCGCGAGGGCCUUCUCCUAGGAAUCUUUGAGCUCCUUCGUCGAGUUCCAAGGCGACUGCUCAUGAUUCUCAAGCUUUCCGACUUACAGCGCUCCCUCGACUACAGCCUGUCCACAACACACGGCCAGCACCGUGUGUACAUUAUCAUCGGUCGCUACUGUGCCACAUCAGUGUGGCAAGCAGACAAGCUGAACCUUCGCCGAGCAUACGAGGCCACAGGCCUCUCAUUGAGUCUGUUCAAAGACCUUGCCAAGUCCUGGUUCACGUACACUUACUACAACACCUUCUUUGGCGUAAUCGAACUGGGUAUGGACGUGGGAGCCAGAGUGCGCAAGGUUGGGCUGUGGGUCCACGGGCUGCGCAUGGGCGGCUUUGACGCAGCCUUUCAAGAAAUGGCCGGUCUCAAGGCCACCGCAUAG